AUGUCUGGUAUUUCCCAUAAUAACUCAUUUCCGCGACAGCCUCCAUCACGCCCCGACGACCCGUUCGACGACUCUUUGGCUGUCGAAAACCAAAAUAAUAAUCAGCCGGUCCCACUGCAAAAUCUGCAGACACUACCAUCAUUUAGACCAGCUAUCUUUCCUUCAGGAGACCUCCAACGAAAUUCGUUUCUAGCCUAUUCUUCACUUGAACCGUACUAUCACGAUUCGGUAGAAGACGAAGAACAGGAAACAUUUUAUUCCGAUUCAACCGGUCUCAUGAACCAGACCUUCAACAUGUCCGAAUCCGCUCUUCCACUCACUUCGACAGUGCCGUCAGCAGACGCUGGUGAACUCCAAACUUUAAUGAGAAAUUCAACUAAAUCUGAAGAAUCGUCAGCUGGGGAUGUGAACCCACCCAAAGGAGUGGGGAGGAUCAUACAUGUCAACGAUCCUCAACGGAAUCUUCAACAGAAAUUUUUACACAAUCAAAUUUCCACAGCGAAAUAUAAUUUCUUCACAUUCUUGCCAAAGUUCCUGUACGAACAGUUUUCAAAGUACGCAAAUUUGUUCUUUUUAUUCACAGCAUGCAUUCAGAUUUUGGGAGGCGGGUUUGACAUGGUGUUCAAAAAAAAUCUUCUGUGUCCAGAUACUCAAAUUAAAGAUGUGUCACCCACGAACCAAUUCACGACGCUGGGCACCCUGGUUGUUGUGCUAGCCGCUACAGCGUUCAAAGAAAUUGUCGAGGAUUACAAACGUCAUAGCUCCGAUUCGGAGGUCAAUAAGCGAAUGUGCAAAUGUCUUGAAGGAUAUUCAUUCGUACAGAAGGAAUGGAACGAAGUAAAAGUAGGGGAUAUUGUUCGUGUUGAAAGCGGAGAAUUCUUUCCCUCUGAUCUAAUAUUGCUCAGUAGUUCCGAGCCUGAAGGGUUGUGUUACAUAGAGACGAGUAACUUGGACGGUGAAACGAAUUUAAAGAUCAAACAAGCUUCAUCCGAAACAUCUCAUUUGAUAUCACCUUCCGAAAUCGGAAAAUUAGGAGGUCAGAUACAUUCGGAAAGUCCGAACAACAGUUUAUACACUUUUGAAGGUGUACUUAUAAUGGACACACCUAAUGGCGCCAAGAAAGUUCGAUUAGACCCCACACAAAUAUUACUUAGGGGUGCGCAACUGAGGAACACUCAAUGGAUCUAUGGUAUUGCUAUAUUUACUGGCCAUGAAACAAAACUGAUGAGGAAUGCCAGCGCCACCCCUAUUAAAAGAACCAGCGUAGAAAAGAUGGUCAAUGUGCAAAUUAUUUUCUUGUUUGGUAUUUUGUUGACAAUGAGUGUCGCAUGUUCGCUUGGUAGCGCUAUUACGACGUUGAAAGAUGGAAACAAAUUGUCGUAUCUGGAACUCCUCUCUUCCAAUAGUAUCCUUGGACAAUUUGGAUUCAACAUUUUGACGUUCUUGAUUCUAUUCAAUAAUUUGAUUCCCAUCAG